CUCCCCCCCCAUUUUUUCUCAAUUUAUAUUUAUAUAAAUUAUUCAUACCUAUGAAAAACCUAAAAGAAGAAUAUUAUUAAGUGCAUUUCCAUUUCUCUUCUGGGUUUUGCUGGAAAGGCUAAUAAGUUGUGAAAUUGGUUCCUCUUUCACAGAAUUUUCUUGUAUCUGAUCCAGUAGAAGAGGUGUUUAUAUUGGUUUUGGAGGUGAAGAUGAUAAGCUGAUUUAUGUAGAAUUCAUAGAUAUUUCUCAAAGAAGAGGCUUUUGAAAACCAUGUUCUCUAUUCAUAAGUGUAGAUUCUCGUGGUCUCUGUUUGCAACAAUUGCUUCUAUUGUGACAUUGGUUUCAGUUGUCCAUCUCUUCUUGUUUCCUUUGGUGCCUACGUUGGAUUACUUUAGGCAAGCUCAGAUUUCUUGUAUCCCAGUUAAUGGAUCAGCUGACCAUGUCAAGGAAAGUUCCAUUGAUCUAGAUCAUCAAUUUCCUACUGACUUGCACAAUGCGGUUGUUUAUCGCGGUGUCCCAUGGAAGGCUGAGAUUGGACGGUGGCUUUCUGGUUGUGAUUCAGCUGCUAAAGAAGUCAACAUUCCUGAGAUUAUAGGUGGCAGUAGCUGCAAAAAUGAUUGCUCCAGUCAAGGUGUAUGUAACCAUGAAUUGGGACAAUGUCGGUGCUUCCAUGGAUUUGGUGGAGAAGGAUGCUCUGAGAGACUUCAGCUGAACUGCAACUAUCCGGCAGUGCCAGAUUUUCCAUAUGGGAGAUGGGUUGUCUCGAUCUGUCCUGCUCACUGUGACACAACAAGAGCAAUGUGCUUCUGUGGGGAAGGCACAAAAUAUCCCAAUCGCCCUUUGGCAGAGGCAUGUGGCUUUCAGUUUAAGUUAUCUUCUGAACCAGAUGGUCCCAAACAGACUGACUGGGCAAGACUUGACGAGGAGGUGUUCACAACAAAUGGUAGCAAAAUAGGGUGGUGCAAUGUGGAUCCGGCGGAGGGAUAUGCUAACAAGGUGAAAUUUAAAGAGGAAUGCGACUGCAAAUAUGAUGGUCUUUUGGGGAGGUUCUGUGAAAUUCCUGCUCUAAGUACUUGUAUUAAUCAAUGCUCUGGUAAUGGACAUUGCCGUGGUGGCUUUUGUCAGUGCAACACUGGUUGGUAUGGAGUAGAUUGCAGUGUUCCAUCUGUCACAUCAUCUAUUCGAGAAUGGCCUCAAUGGCUUCUUCCUGCUCAAGUUGAUGUUCCAGAUAGUGUGCAUUUCAGAGGGAAAGUGGUCAACCUCAAUGCUACUGUCAAAAAGAAAAGACCCCUUGUUUAUGUCUAUGACUUGCCACCAGAUUUCAACAGCCUACUCCUUGAGGGACGUCAUUUUAAGUUUGAGUGUGUAAACAGAAUAUACGAUGAAAACAAUGCAACCGUGUGGACAGAACAACUGUAUGGUGCUCAGGUGGCAUUUUAUGAAAGUAUCUUAGCUAGUCCACAUCGUACUUUAAAUGGUGAAGAAGCAGAUUAUUUCUAUGUACCUGUUCUUGAUUCCUGCAUUAUAACUCGUGCUGAUGAUGCUCCUCACUUGAGCAUGGAGAAUCACAGGGGAUUGAGGAGCUCUCUCACGCUGGAAUAUUAUAAGAAGGCAUACCAUCAUAUUGUCGAACAAUAUCCUUUCUGGAACCGUUCAUCUGGAAGAGACCAUAUCUGGUUUUUUUCGUGGGAUGAAGGGGCUUGCUAUGCCCCUAAGGAGAUUUGGAACAGCAUGAUGUUGGUUCACUGGGGCAAUACAAACUCAAAACAUAAUCAUUCAACUACAGCCUAUUGGGCUGACAACUGGGACACCAUAGAGCCUUCUAGAAGAGGAAACCAUUCUUGUUUUGACCCUCGUAAAGAUCUCGUGGUUCCUGCCUGGAAAAGACCUGAUGCUAAUUCCUUUAGCUUGAAACUUUGGGCUAGGCCACUUGAGAAGCGAAAGACACUAUUUUACUUCAAUGGAAAUCUUGGACCAGCUUAUCCACAUGGAAGACCGGAAUCAACGUAUAGCAUGGGAAUCAGACAGAAACUGGCAGAAGAAUUUGGAUCAAGCCCUGACAAGGAAGGCAAUCUUGGAAAACAACAUGCAGAAGAUGUGAUUGUUACCGCAUUACGUUCUGAAGAUUAUCACGAGGCUUUAGCUAGUUCAAUUUUCUGUGGGGUAUUUCCAGGAGAUGGUUGGAGUGGCCGAAUGGAGGACAGUGUUUUACAAGGGUGCAUCCCUGUAGUCAUUCAGGAUGGGAUUUUCUUGCCAUAUGAGAAUGUGCUCAACUAUGAUAGCUUUGCUGUUCGAAUCCGUGAAGACGAAAUUCCUAAUUUGAUAAAUAUUCUACGGGCAUUUAAUCAGACAGAAGUAGAAUUUAAACUAGCAAAUGUGCAGAAAAUCUGGCAGAGAUUCCUGUAUCGUGAUUCUAUGAUGCUUGAAGCUGAGAGGCAAAAAUCUGCUCAUAGUCAUAUGGAAGAUUGGGCGGUGCAAUUUUCGCAGAUGGUUGAAGAUGAUGUUUUUGCUACUUUUUUACAGAUUUUGCAUUACAAGUUACACAAUGAUCCUUGGAGGCAAAAUGUUCAUACUAAUGAUAAGGAUUUCGGGGUACCUCGAGAAUGUUCGGCGAAAUUGAAAUGAAAAGCUGUGUUUAGGCAUAAAAUUCAUUUAACGAGGUUAAUACUAUUCAUUGAUGGUUGAUCACAAGUGAUGGAAAACAUAGUUGUGGGUGAAGCCUGAAUGAGCAAGAAAUGUUCACGAGGCAGAUUCAAGCUUCAACACCAUGUCUUCUUGUGGAUGCUCCCCAUUUGGCCACUUCUAGCUGAUUCUUUUAGUCAAAUAUAUAAAUCCUCAUCCAUUUUUUUUAUAGAUUAAUUUAUACAUGAUAAAUAAAUUUUUUUCUUGAAGAACAUGAUAGACGAGACUUUAAUUUCAUACCAAUGCAACACUAAAUCUUUGUGGUAAUGCUAUAUUUUAGCACAAUAGAAAUUUUUUAAUGUAAUCUUAAAGUUGUGUCAAAUUUGGCACAAUAAUAAAUAUUAUAUCUUAAUAAAAGUCACUCUAAAGUUGACUA